GUACAAGUGAGCUAACAACCUAGUAGGUAGGUAUGUUUCUCUUUACAAGUCAACUACGCUCACUAGAUGCUCAGGGGAGUCCUCUCAGCCCUCCCCGUACUAGUUGGCACCUAGGGAGAAGGGCCCACUUUUAAGGCAUCAUGACAGUUGACACGUGCUGGAGGGUGACGAGCUUCAAGCUUCAAGUUCGAGCAUCAAAGUCAAAGCCAACGACUCCUCCGAUUGAAGCUCCAGAGACUGCAAUUUCGCAGGGCAUCGUCUCAAGAUGAAUGGGAGCUUGGCUGAGACGUCCGCCCUGGACGCAGUCGACUAUGACCCUAUCGACCACCUCAACCUCCUCUUCUCGCACCCGUCCGCCGUCUCGUCCAUCAGCCGGGUGUCCAAGACCCUCCAGAGUCACCAGAAUGCUCUCUCGACCGACAUCUCCGCCCUCGAGACCGCCCAGGCGUACGGGCCCGACUCCAGCCUCGAGCGUAUGCAGUCAGCGCAGGUUGAGCUCGCCCAGCUCUUCCGCAAGAUCGAGACGGUGCGGUCGCGCGCCAUCGAGACCGAACAGAACAUCACGUCGAUGACGGCCGACAUCAAGAGACUCGAUGGGACCAAGAAGAACCUCACGCUCAGCAUGACGGCCCUCAAGCGGCUGCAGAUGCUGACCACGGCGUACGAGCAGCUCAGGGGUUUGGCCAAGACGCGGCAGUACCGGGAGUGCGCGGGGCUUCUGCAGGCCGUGUUGCAGCUUAUGAAGCAUUUCAACAGCUACCGAAGCAUCGAGCAGAUUGCCACCCUGAGCCGCGGCGUCUCUGAGCUGCAGCGCGAGCUUCUAGAGCAGGUCUGCGAGGACUUUGAGAUGGCCUUUGCCAAGGGCGAGGUCGGCGCUCGUAGGGGCACGCUUGUGGAGGCAUGCCUCGUCAUGGAUGCUCUAGGCGACUCGGCCAAGGCGCGGCUCAUGACGUGGUACGUCAACACCGAGCUCCGUGAGUAUCGACAGGUGUUCCGGGGCAACGACGAGGCAGGCAGCCUGGACAAUAUCGGCAGGCGGUAUGCGUGGUUCAAGCGGAUGAUGAAGACGCAUGACGACGAGCACGCCAUGAUCUUCCCACAGCAUUGGAGAGCCAAUGAGACACUGGCGGCGGCGUUCUGCGACGGGACGAGGGAUGACUUCAAGGGCAUCUUGGAGCGGAGCAUGCGGCGGACGGACGGCAACAAGAUCGACGUCAACCUGCUUUUGAGUUGCCUGCAAGAGACGCUUGACUUUGAGCAAAGCCUUGAGAAGCGGUUCGCGACGUCUUCACGGGCGAGCAUUGACACGCUCAGCUCGGUGGAGGAGAAGACGCACAGUUUCCAUGGACUCAUCUCGGUUGCGUUCGAGCCAUACCUGAGCCUUUGGGUUGAUUCACAAGACAAGCAGCUCGCGACGAUGAUACCCAAGUAUCGCAACCAGCCACACAUCCCCCCCGACGAGGAAUUCUCACCACAGGCGGUCAUCACGUCUGCGAUUGAGCUCUUCCACUUCUACAAACUUACUCUUUCGCAAUGCGCAAAGCUGUCUACCAGCGAACGCCUGCUAGACCUGUCAAAGACGCUGGCUAAGUACCUGGACGAGUACGCGCAGCAGGUGUUGCUACACACGCUGCAGAGCGGUGGAGCACAGGGUCCUACGAUUCAAGACGUGGUGCUGGUCCUCAACACGGCGGAUUUCUGGCACACCAACACGAACCAGCUAGAAGAGAGUAUCAAGAAGCGCAUCGACAGCGAGCUCGUGCCCAAGGUUGACCUGUCGUCGCAGUCGGAUGCGUUCCUGGGCGUGGCGAGCGCUUCGGUGCUGGCGCUCGUGCGAACAGUGGAGGUGGAGUGCGAAGGUGUGUGGCGGGAGAUGAGGAACACAAACUGGAGCACAAUGGAGAGCGUUGUAGACCAGAGCUCGUAUGUGGGCGAGCUUGUGAAGCAUGUGGACACCAAAGCAGGGGAGGUGCUGUCCGUCAUAACGAAGCAGCAGUAUGCUCGUGCGUUCUGCGACAACCUCGUGGAGCACCUUGCGACAGGCUACAUUAACAGCAUCGUGCAGUGCCGACCAAUAUCUGAGGUCGGGGCGGAACAGAUGCUUCUGGACAAAUAUGUCCUUACCAAGGCGUUUGAGAAGCUGCUGAUGCACCACGCGUCCAUGUCAUCGCAGGACGCGCCGCCAUCGAGCUUCGUGAGACGGGUUCAGCAGUGUAUGAACCGGCUAGACCCGUUGCUGAAGACGUUACAAGUGCGGCCGUCGCCUCCUGAGGGCCUUGUGCAGGCGUACCUGAUACACAUCGCGGACCGGUCCGACACCAACUUCAAGAAGAUGCUGGAGCUGAAGGGCGUACGCAAGAUGGACCAGGCGCACCUGAUUGAGCUGUUUGGCAUUCACCGCGACGGCACGCCCAACGACAAGCUCGUUGCCAUCUCGCCGCUCCUGGGGCCGCUCAUGACGUCGUCAGGGCUGGGCGUCGGCGGCGGCAGCGGCAACGCCAUGAUGAUGAACUCGUCGGCGGCGGCGCUGUCCUUGACGGGAUCGUCGGGCGGCCCGCGGUUCGAGGCCGGGUCCCUCGGCGAGAAGCUGCUGAGCGCAGCGCGGGACAUUUCGCAGAGCAGCGUCGCGGGGGCGGGGCCGAGCGGCAUAGAGAAGGCCACGAUCAACGAGAACCUGCGCAACUUUGGCAAGUUCUUCAAGCGGGAUAUUGGGUCGCUGGGGGCGAGGUUUGGGAAGAGGGAUGGGAGCGUGGGAGCGGACGAGGGACGGUGACGAAUUUGGGGGUGUUUAUUAGAUGUGAUGAAUGAUAGACCAAGGACAGAGAGAGAGCUACAGACCUGCAGACUUGCUAGCUAAAAGUUACAGAGCCACACAUGUGCGCAUAUCUUUUUCAGUCUGGGUCUGUAGACAGGGUCAACUCAGCGCAAAGACCUUUGUCUGCUGAUUUGACCAUGUCAUGUAGCCAAGAAAACUAAAAAAGAGGUCGUCAUGAAGCCCAAAUGGUGGAUCCUGUUUAAGUUACUGCUCUGUACGUACCUACGCAUGACCCUGCUGGAUCGCAAGGCGUGAUUAGUCAGGAAACCCAUGACAGCUGCCGAAAGGGGGCAACGGGGCCGAGUUCC